CAUUCAUGAUUUUCAUCCAAAAAUUUUGAUUAUUCAAACAAUAAACGUUUGAAAUAAUGAAACUUUAUCAACGAAAUUUUCUACUUAUUCUUUUUAUAGCGUUUGGAUCAAUUUUCGGUUGGCUUAUUUUCAUUUCUAAUAGUAGUCCUACUAAAAACCUUUCGAUUAUUGCUAGUUCCAUUCAUCCUAUUGCUAGAAAAUUAAUUGAAGAUAAAACAGAAACUCUGUCCAAUGAUCUUAUUGUUGCAUCACCGGUGAAACAACCAACAGUGAUUGAUAGUAAAAAUGUUGAUCCACUGGCCGAAUCUAGAUCGGUAUCAAAACCGAAACGAAUACGAAGCAUUACCUGUAAGAUUAAUGGUGAAUAUAAGAUUAAUUGUUUGAAAUUAAUGAGUGGCAAAGAAACUUCUGUUUAUAUUCCAUUUUCAUUUAUUCAUAAAUAUUUUGAAAUUGGUGGCAAAAUUGUCAAUCAAAAAAGUCAAGAUGAAUAUUUUGAAUGGAAUCACAGUUAUUCAAAGAUAUUCUAUCCAGAUCAACCAUACGAUCCUGCCGAUAUAUUUCUUUGGUUCGGCAAUUAUAAUGUAGAAUUUCGUGAUCGUGUAAAAUGUAUUUCGGCUAUCGAUAAUGUUCCAUUAUCGACACAAUGGUAUCCUGCAGGUCAUCUUUAUCCAACACAAAUCUGUCAAUAUGGUCUUAGUCAUUUUAAUAAGAAUCUUACAUCUGCACCGUCCGAACGUAUUCAAUUGAUUAACGAUGGAAUUGUAUCCGAUUUCCAUGUCGAUCAUAAUUUUAUAGUGGAUUUCAAGAAAAACUAUCUUAUUGUUAAAGAUUCAAGAAUCGAUUUGAAAAAUAAUCAUACAAAUUAUCUAAUUGGUCAACUUGAUAUGAAACUGAUUGGAAAUGCUUCGAUUACAUUUGUCAUGUUCAAUAUACAGACACAACAGAUAUCUUAUGUUUUGUAUUCAACUAUUGAUGAUGUGAUUGUUAUAGAUACUGAAGAUAAUCAAAUCACAUAUGGUUUAGGAUCAAAAGCAUUCAAACGUGGAUGGUUUCAUUUUACUCGUGAUUUACUUGUUGAUCUAUACAAAGGAUAUUUCAUUUCUGACCGAAAACGCAACAAUUAUUAUGUUUCAUACAUUCAAAUCGAUGGUACUGUUUAUAUCAAAAAUUUAGCCCUUAAAACUUCAGCACAUGAAGAAUUUGCUAUGGCAGCCGGCGAUUGGUUGAUGCGAAAUCAAAACGCUCAAGGUGGAUGGCGUAUUCAAGUGGAUAGAAAAUUAUCCAAAGGUUUAUUGGUCAUCAAAAAAGGUUGGCAUUCGGCAAUGGCACAAGGACAUGCUAUAAGUUUAUUGACUCGAUUAUAUCGUGCUACAAACAAUACAAAAUAUCUAGAAACGGCUAAAAAAGCAUUGAAUAUAUUCGAAAUUGAAUCAUAUAAAAACGGUGUCAAAGCAAUUUUGUUUGAUAAAUACAUCUGGUAUGAAGAAUAUCCAACUGUACCGAGCAUAUUUGUCUUGAAUGGAUUCAUAUAUUCAUUGUUUGGAUUAUAUGAUCUAAGCAAAGCUUGUAACGAUCAAAUAUGUCAAAAAUCUAGCCAAUUUUAUGAUGAAGGUAUACGAUCAUUAGAAUCAGCAUUAUCAUUAUAUGAUUCUGGUUCUGGAUCAUUUUAUGAUCUUCGUCAUUUGAGCUUAGGCAUAGCACCGAAUCUUGCACGUUGGGAUUAUCAUUCCACACAUAUAAAUCAGCUAUUAUAUUUAUAUACGAUCACUCGAAAUGAUCUUUUCAAAACGGUUGCCGAUCGUUGGAUUGCCUACAUGAAAGGACAUCGAUCAUCACACAAUUGAUUCAUUGAAUUGAAUUGAAUUGAAUUUUAUUUUAAUUCAAUGAAAAAAAAUUCCCCUUAAAAUAUUUAUUACCAUUCAUAUUGUGAUAAUUUGUCAACCAGCAAAGCAGCAGCAGCAGCAGCACCC